AUGGUAUUGGAUACGGGUGACUCAGUCAUAACGUUUGAAGAGGCGUUGAAAAAACACACAGAUGAAGUUGUGAAAGCACACUCAGAUGAGGACAUAGCUGAGGAUCCCGAGCUGCUUGACGGCACAUAUUUCCGUAAUGUUGAGGGAACAUGUGAUGAAACGAGACUUCGUGAGCCUGUCUUAGUCUUGUGUGUGGGAAUUACUCUGGCAAAGAGACUUGAUGACGGUGUGAGUGGAUUGCUCCUCGUGAAAAGUGAUAAAAGCCAUGGUGGUGGUAUGUUUGAGAGAAUCGGUGUUUUUGAGAGGGGAAAGACUAUUGAUUUCGAGAAUGAACAGAAGGUGGAAGUUUCUAUUGUCUGA